GCGCAGUGAGCAUCUCUAUCACCGGUGUAAAGAAAAUUUAUUACAAGCUAACGAGUAACUUAUUUUUUACAUAUUAAAUAUAUAUAGUUACAACUCAAAGAAAAUACCUGCAUCCUUCAUCUAGAAUUCUAGAUCAAUCAUCAUUCAUAGUUACAUACGCCGGCGAAUACUGAAGAACACAAAUCAAAUCCACAUUAAUUAUAUUCAAGCAAGACGAUUCUAAUCAUAACUUUGAUUAUGUGACAAAAUUUUAUGACCUCGUGAUAAAUAAAAUGCUUUCACAAACAUUGUUCAAUUUCCUAUUAGUAUUUAGUUUACUGGAAGUGAAGAAUUUCGUGCACUCAAGUGAAGACUGUGAACCGCUAAACUCUGUUCCUUUCACGGAGGUGGUGCGGAAUGCAGUGCAAACCAGCGGAUUGAAGCUUUCCGCUAUCGCAGAGUUCCUUGUGGCUUACAGGCCGCGGAAUCCCAGCGUCACGUGUGGAGAAGGGUUUGAGCCGGAGCUCUGGCCUUCCUCUGUCAUACCGUACGUGAUCAGCGAUGGCUUCUCAUCUUUGGCACUUCAGAAAAUCAAUGCCGAGUUAAAACAGUUCUCGGAGAAAACCUGUGUAAAGUUCACCCCGCUGGUCGACCAAGACUUUUAUCUGAAGUUGAGGCCUGUGCCGAAUCAUUGUUUUCUCACCUUGAAGUACCUCGGGCUCAUUUAUUCGCGACCUUUCACUCCAGGCUUUGCGUGGCCGAGUGAAAGGACAACAUUAUUCCAAGUCCAGAGCCCUAACACCCCUCCUGAUCCCAAACGCGUCGUUCAAAUACUCCUGCCAAACUCGUACGUGGAGAGAGAAGGCGUCCUGGGCCACGUGUUGCAGGUUCUUGGCCUGUCACGACAGGAAGUGCGCCAUGACAGAGACAUGUUCAUCAGCAUGGGCUUCAAGAAGUUGGGCAACAUGUAUACAUACGCAUUUGCCAAGAACGUACCGAGUGUUGUCGACCGAAUGUUCAGCUACGACGCGGAGUCGGCGACGCAAAUGUCCGCUGCCGCAGCGCGAUACUGGAACAUCGCGCUGUCGUCCCGCCACCGAAACUCCACCUUGAGGUCAUCGUACACGGGAAAAAUGUCCAAGAUGGACGCAGCGAAAGUGAACUUCUUGUACUGCGGUAAAAUCUUUCCGGAAUCAGGAAUAAAAUUUACCUAUCAACAAAUGAGAAAAUCGAGCAAAGUCUCUCCUGAUCAGGCCUUUUUGGGUAAGCAAGUGAUGCUCCGACGACAAGGAUUGGUCCCGAUGGCUCCGGAUGAUGUUGCUAGUUCUGAAAACGAGAUGGCCACGAAUACAGGACCAGGAGGAGAUCCGCUUGAACAAGACCUGAUUCAUAUCGAUGAUAGAAACUACGCAUCCGUUUGUGGACUGAAGGCGUCCGCAGCGACCCUCAACCUGUCAGUGCUGGUGCUGAUCCUCUUCUCACUCUGAAAUACAAUUGUGAAUAUAACUACGAUAUAUUCUAAUUUCAAAUUAAACAAUUCUUUCAAGAUCGGUUUCAAUCAGGAGUAUCGCCUACUUAAAAAAGUAAAAACUCUAUCCCUUAAAUUUGUUCUCGUGCUGUCCGGAUAUUAAAACUUCCACACAGUCGCUUGGAAAAAAAUUAC